AAGUUUUAUAUAGUAAAAAUAAAAACAAAAAAUGGCUGCAGUGGAAGCUCGAACUGUGCUCUGGUAUCUGGUCUUUAUCGGAUUCGCCGUUAACUAUAUGAUUCGCAUUAAUCUAAAUAUAACAAUUGUCGAAAUGAUUGCAACCAAAGGUAAACCACCUCAUUCUCAACACAACAUGGAAGAAACAACUGAAUCGAGGGUGAUGAUCGAGGGUAAUGUCAAUGACAAUACUUCCGGUUUCACGACACUAAGGCACCAUAAUAUCAGCACUCAUGAACAUUUCAAUUUGCAUAAUGAAAAAUAUUCACUAGAGAAGAAUUUUUUAAAUUGGUCAAAGAUUGAAUAUGAACCUAAUGGUUUUGAAUGGAAUGAGUAUCAGCAAGGAUUGGUGUUGGGAUCGUUUUUCUGGGCUCAUUGGCUUACCCAAAUACCCGGCGGUAUCUUAGCUAAAACAUAUGGAACAAAAUUGGUAUUUGGUUUAUCAAAUGCUAUUGGUUGUUGGAUGUGUUUCUUAAUACCUAUAGCUUCAUAUUGGAACUACAAAGUCUUAAUUUGGCUGAGAGUAAUACAGGGCUUAAUAACAGGUCUUUCUUGGCCAGCAAUGCACGUGCUAACAGCUCAGUGGAUACCGCCAAACGAACGAAGUAAAUUUGUAACAGCCUAUUUGGGUAGUUCUGUUGGUAUUGCACUAUUUUAUCCAAUGUUCGGUUAUGUGAUGCAUUGGAGCUCAUGGGAAUGGGUGUAUCACAUUUGUGGUAUAAUCGGCACAGUUUGGUGGUUUGGUUGGUUGUACUUUGUGUACGAUACACCUCAUCAGCAUCCACGCAUAAGUCAAUCUGAAGUACGCUAUAUUGAAAAAUCACUUGGUGCUUCUAUACAAAAUGCAAAUCACGGACCAACACCAUGGCGAGAAAUACUUACUUCAUGUCCAGUUUGGAUGAAUGUAAUUGCACAGUGGGGUGGUAUUUGGGGAUUAUUCACAUUAAUGACACAAGCACCCACAUACUUCCGAGUUGUACAUAAUUGGAAUAUAAGAGCGACUGGCAUAUUAUCAGGAUUGCCACAUUUGAUGCGUAUGCUUUUUGCAUUAUUUUUUUCAAUGUUUGCUGAUUUUUUGCUACGUACAGAUAAAAUGAGUCGUACUAAUUUACGCAAACUGGCAACUUUUAUUUGUUGCGUAUUAAAAGGCUUAAUAGUAUUAGCAUUGGCAUACUAUGGACAUAAUUCAACAGCGGCAAUAAUAUUCCUUACUAUUGCUACAAUGGUGCAUGGAGCAGUAUCUUCAGGACCUUUGGCUUCCAUUGUUGAUAUAGCUCCCAAUUAUGCCGGCAUUGUUUUAGGUAUUAGUGGUAUGAUUGGAGUAUUACCAGGUUUUAUUUCACCAUACAUUGUUGGAGUUCUAACUCUAGGCAAUCAAUCUUUCGAAUCUUGGAAAAAUGUAUUCAUAAUAUGUGCGGUUAUGUUAAUUGGAAGUGGAGUUCUGUACAUGUUAUUUGCUGAGUCUACUUUACAGAAAUGGAAUUCUAAUUCAUCCCAAGAUAUCAAUCAAAAGGAAAUGCAGCUGUUGGAAGGAGUAACAUUUAAUGUACAAGAGUCUGAACAUAAAAAAUUAAGAUCUGAUGAUCAUGAAGAAAUCGACCAGGAGAUAGAUGAACGAAGAUAGAUUUCUUUUUAUGUGAUUAAAUUAGUAUAAGUAGUAUUUUAAGUGUGAAAAUAAUAUUGUUUCUAGGUUUCAGAUAAAUAUUUUUAUGUGUUAAAUCAGAUGUUUUGAUAAUUAUAAGAAUUUCUUAUCUCAAACUUGUGUUAAACGCAUGAUACUAAGGUUUUUAUUAUAAAAAGAUAACUGUAUUGU